AUGGCGGCGAAGCGCCUUGUCGCAAUGGUACGCAAGACAUGGAUGAGAUCAGAUAUGAGUUUCGAAUGUGCCGUCCGUGCCGACAUUCCUGGACGCCGCGUCAGAGAUGAGGCGGUCGAGGUACACCGCCACCAUCACAGAGAGAUGUCGCAGAAGACUGUGUAG